AUAAUUCCUGCUACUAAACUACAUGCCUUCAGUAUUGGCAGCCAUAAAAAAUCUGCUUAUCAUAAACAAAAAGAAGAAGCUGAAAUUAAGAAACAACAAGAGAGCCUCGAAGCAGCUAAAGUUUAUGCUGAUUUUGUUGCUUCAUUUGAAGAGCCUAAAAGUUAUGCAUUAGGCACUACAAAUUUCAUUAAAUCGGGAACUUUGAUGCCAAGAGGUAGAUAAAUAAACUAAUGUUUAAUACAAAAUGAAGAUUGACCAAAUAUUCAUGUAAAUAGAUUCUGUAGCUGAUAAUUACAAUGCUCCACCUACAAAAUCAACAUUUAAACCAAUGCCCUUUGUAAAAGCAGGCGAAUCGACAGCAUCGACCACAUCAACACCAAAGUUCGAAGCAAAGUUUGAAACAUUUGAAGCUGAUGAUGAAGACGAUGAGUUAGCAAAGUUAAAGACAAAGGCUCAAAAGAAAAGAAAUUUAGAUUCCUUUUUAGAAGAAAUCAAAAGACAACAAGAAGGACGUAAUCGAACAGAUAAUAGAUCAACCUCCACGUCCUAUAAAAAUGAUGAACAAGGGUCCUUUGAUGAUGGCAAUCCAAAUACAACCAAUCUUUAUGUAGGCAAUAUCAAUCCUACUUUAACAGAGUUAGGUUUAUGUCGUGAAUUUGGUAAGUUUGGACCUAUUGCUUCUGUCAAGAUUAUGUGGCCACGUACACAAGAAGAGAAAGAUAAAGGCAAUAAUUGCGGAUUUGUCAGCUUUAUGAAAAGAGAAGAUGCAGCUGAAGCAAUUAAACAGAUGGACGGCAAAGACGUAGAAGGGUUUGUUUUGCGUGUUGGAUGGGGCAAAGCUGUGCCUUUACCUGCUCAUCCAUUUUUCGUUUUGGAUAAAAAGGCACCUAAUGGGAAAUCUGGAUUACCAUUUAAUGCCCAAGUAACGCCUGGUGCGCCUGGAGUGAACUCACGACCAAGAGCAGAAAUACAUGUAAUCAAGCCUGUAGAUAUCAAAUUGAUGCGAAUUAUUCAUCGUACGAUUGAGCGAGUACUUAAAUAUGGGCCCUUAUUUGAAGCAAUGAUUAUAGAUAGAGAAAUAGGAAACCCUACAUUUAAAUUCUUAUUUGACAAUACAUCACCAGAGCAUAUCUACUAUCGAUGGAAAUUAUAUUCUUUAUCACAAGGGGAUACAAAAUCGAGAUGGUUAGAUGAGCCUUUUCAAAUGUUUGAAGGUGGGCCUUGGUGGAUACCACCUGAACUACCUCUUUUUGAUGAAGAUGGCGAAGAUCCCAUGUUUGAUACAGAUGAUGAAUUAGCAGAACAAGAUAGUAUUGCGAAAGGAACAUUAGGACAAAUAGCAAAGCAACGACUAGGGUUUAUAUUACGUGAAGUAACAUUUCAACGUGGUACGAUUGCACGGGCUAUGGCAUUUGCUAUUGACCAUGCUGAUGCAGCAACUGAGAUUGUGGAUUUAAUUUGUAAAUCCAUUUUAUUACCCGAUUCACCUCUGUCUACCAAAUUAGCUAGAUUAUACUUGAUCUCUGAUAUUCUUCAUAAUAGUAGUGUUCACGUUUCUAAUGCAUGGAAAUAUAGAAAAGAGUUUGAAGCACAACUUCCUGCUAUUUUUGACCAUUUUAAUUCUAUUUAUCGAUCUAUUCAUGCUCGUUUAAAAGCUGAACAAGUGCGACGACAUAUUACUGCUGUCAUAAAUGUUUGGGAAAACUGGAUGAUAUUCCCUAAAUAUUAUACAGAUCAAUUAACUGAAAUAUAUUUAAAGAAAGAGAAGAAUGCAACAACAACUCAGUUGGAAAAUAAUGAUAAUGAAAAUGUGGAUGGCGAACCUAUGGAAGAUGUGGAUGGAGAGCCCUUAGAAGAUGUGGAUGGAGAAUCUAUAGAAAACGUGGAUGGAGAGCCUAUGGAAGAUGUGGAUGGUGAACCUCUUGAAGAUGUAGAUGGCGAGCCUCUGAAUGAUGACCCUAUUAAUGACACUCAUCAUGAAGAACCUCUCUAUACAGAAGUUCAAGAUAUGUUUUCGUAAUAUGUUCUAUUUUUUAUAUAAUUAUUUUGCAAAAUUAUUAAGUGUCUUACUUGAGGUAGAAUAAAACCAGAUCUAUA